CUAUCUAUCUGGUAUACAGGAAAGACUCAACUCAAAAUUGAACCGGAGUCCAAACGUUUGCCUGCUCUGCUCUCUUGUUUCUCCUGUUGUAUAUUUUCUUAUUGCCGUCCUCUUCCCGCGCAACGAACGCAGGCAUUUUGAUUUUGAAGAAAUGCACGUUAGCUGUUCCGGCAUCCGAUCGAAAUGUACGUAACGGAGGCGGAGGGCGUUCACGCUCGCUCGAUGGACGCCGGCGACAUCGUGAAGAUCUGGCCGAUUUAUUUUCACGAACACGACUCCUCUUUGCCGCUCGACGAUCGUUUGUUCAAGCUCACAGUAGGACUCGCCCAAUUCUUCUCUACCCCAAUAGGAGAAGUUCUCAUUUCUCAGAUGUUUAUAUUCAAUUGAUACGAAAAGACGAUAUUUUCAAUUCUACUGAGUUUGGAUUUUAAAAUUUUGAACCCCUAAAAGGCGAAGAAAAGAGUUAGGGAUGACGAUGGCACCUUCAUUUUUCCGAUUGACCUCCAACAUUUCAGAAAAACAUGCGAAGUUGAAAAUAUCUUAUCGUCCCUAGAAGCAACACCGAAAGAAGUCUUUUUGUGCAUGGCUGUUGCAGUUCACAAGUAGAUUCUGUUGCCCAAGUUGGAGAAGAGUCAAAUGGAGUACGAUGUGAAGAUAAACAUUCGGCCGCAUAACUACCCAGAAUCAAUGAUUGCUUUGAAGAACUUAAAAGCUGCCUAUAUUGGCAAACUUGUAUCGGUACGUGGUACUGUCAUCAAAGUUAGCAUGGUUAGGCCUUUAGUGGUGCAAAUGAAUUUUACUUGUGCAAAGUGUGGAGCAGACAUUACGCGCACCUUUCCUGAUGGGAAAUACUCACCGCCAGCUGUUUGUACUUUCCAUGGAUGCAAGAGCAGAACUUUUAAUCCAAUGAGAUCUACAGCUAGAACCAUAGAUUUCCAGAAAAUAAGGAUUCAGGAGUUGCUGAAGUCAGAACAUCAUGAGGAGGGACGGGUACCUCGAACUGUAGAGUGUGAACUAACUGAAGAUCUUGUUGAUGCUUGCAUCCCUGGAGAUGUGGUGACUGUCACUGGAAUUAUAAAAGUAAUAAACAACUACAUGGAUGUCGGAGGAGGAAAAUCAAAAAGCAAGAAUCAAGGACUAUAUUAUUUGUAUCUAGAGGCAGUUUCAAUUAUAAACUCCAAAUCCCAGUCUGUAUCUGAAGAUUUGCAAGAUACCAGUGCUAACAUUAGAACGACAGAGAUGCUUGAUUUGUAUUCAUUUUCUCAAAGGGAUUUGGAAUUUAUUGUUAAGUUCUCAGAGGAGCAUGGUUCAGAUAUAUUCCGUCAAAUACUUCAAUCUAUUUGUCCCUCUAUUUAUGGGCACGAGCUUGUUAAAGCGGGGAUAACACUAGCCCUGUUUGGAGGUGUACAAAAGUAUUCGUCGGAUAAGAACAAAGUCCCAGUGAGAGGAGACAUCCAUCUAAUUAUUGUUGGUGAUCCUGGAUUAGGUAAGAGCCAACUUCUUCAAGCAGCAGCAGCUGUUUCUCCAAGAGGCAUCUAUGUUUGUGGUAAUGCUACAACAAAUGCUGGCCUUACAGUGGCUGUUGUGAAGGAUCCAAUGACAAACGAUUAUGCAUUUGAGGCUGGUGCCAUGGUGCUUGCAGACCGUGGAUUAUGCUGUAUUGAUGAAUUUGAUAAAAUGUCUGCUGAGCAUCAGGCUCUACUAGAAGCAAUGGAGCAGCAAUGUGUCUCUGUUGCAAAGGCUGGACUGGUAGCAAGUUUAUCAGCGCGAACUUCUGUGCUGGCAGCAGCAAACCCUGUUGGGGGUCAUUAUAACCGUGCAAAAACUGUCAAUGAGAAUUUGAAAAUGAGCGCUGCUCUCCUUUCACGAUUUGAUUUGGUCUUCAUUUUACUAGAUAGACCUAAUGAACUUCUGGAUAAGCGAGUAUCUGAACACAUUAUGUCACUGCAUGCAGGAAAUGGGGAGCAUUCACCAGCAGCCAAAAAACAAUGCAGCAGAGCCUUGCAAAAUGAUGGAGGAAUAGGUUUGAGUGUAAGAGCUGGUUCUUUAACCUCAAGAUUGAGACUUGACCCAAAGAAAGAUAGAGAUUUUGUUUCGUUGCCUGGUCCUCUUCUUCGCAAAUUUAUUGCUUAUGCAAGAUCUUUUGUCUUUCCCAGGAUGUCAAGAUCUGCAGCAGAAAUUUUACAGGAAUUCUACUUAAGAUUGAGAGACCGUAAUACUUCAGCUGAUGGUACACCAAUAACAGCAAGGCAGCUGGAGAGUCUUGUAAGAUUGGCAGAAGCCCGAGCUCGAGUGGAAUUGAGGGAAGAAAUAACAGCUCAAGAUGCUUUGGAUGUGGUUGAAAUUAUGAAGGAAUCCUUGUAUGAUAAGUAUGUAGAUGAACAUGGUGUUGUAGACUUUGGUCGGAGUAGUGGAAUGAGUCAACAGAAGGAAGCAAAACGAUUUCUCAGUGCUCUCAAUAAGCAAUCAGAGUUGCAGCAAAAGGAUUGCUUUUUGAUUUCUGAAAUAUACAGUUUGGCAGAUAGAAUUGGCCUAAGAGUUUCAGAUAUUGAUACAUUUGUGGAAAACUUGAACAGUGUUGGUUAUCUUCUUAAGAAAGGACCAAAAACAUAUCAGGUAUUAUCAUCAUCUUACUCUCGGAGUCAAUCGUCGAGGUCCAGGUGCUGAAGUUGGACAGCAUUGUGACAGGAACCUUGUUCUAGAUAUCCUCACACAUAUAUAGGCAAACACUACCGGUUUUGUAUUAUAUGUAUACAGUAAAUAGUAUGGUUACAUCAAGAUCCAUUUUCUACCAAGUUCCACCGGUGGCUUGUUUUCUUAUUCUAUUAUUUUGAGGUUCCCUUUUUGAUAAGCAUUGCAGGUUUUUUCAUGGGAUCAUUAGUGAGGAACCUGAAUGUAUAAAGAAUAAUGUUGCAGUUGGAAUUUAAGUUCUAGACAUCUUUUGCCCUGCAA